UCGAAUUCCAAAAUCAUAUGUUUAGAAACCAAAUUUUUUAAACGGUAUAUUUAGACAAAACAAACCAACGUGAUAGAAUAAGAAGAAUGAAGAAGCUGCAAGGAGGGGAGAUAGUUGAAAAGGAUAUAAAAGCUAUAGCAGAAAAAUUUCAGCAUAUUAUAAAUGAAAUGAAGAUUGCUCCUCCAUUAUGGGAAGAUUUUUACUGCAAAGUCACCAAAUUUCAUUCCUCACUCAAACAUACGAUAUCCGCUUCGUCAGCUGUCUGGGAUUCGUUUCAACACAUAGCGGACGCGACUACUAAUACUCAGGGAUCGACGUACGAUGUAGGCGCUUCCUUGACUAGAAUUUGUUUGAAGCACAGGUGCCUGGACGAAAAGCUCAAACUUUUUUCGGAUGUCAUUAAUCAAUCGCUCAUAUCCGAUUAUCACGAAACGUUGGAGGAAUGGAGAAAAGCUAACAAUCAUUUAGAGAAGGAACACGAAAAAGAUUUUAAAAAGUACAAAUGCGAAAUCAAAAAGUUAAAGGCCGACAUCAAUAAAUUGUCCAAAAAAAUCCAAAAAGAUUUUGACCCGGGCUCCGACAAUUCUCCGAAAUCUUACCUCGAAUGCAACGAAAAGAUGGCUACCUCGACCGAUUACCUGGCUCGCACUCUCAAUAUUCUGAGAGAAAACGAGAAUAAGUAUCUUAAGCUCGCCCUGUCCCAACAAAAAAACAGGAUACAAUGGUUCGUGGAAAAGGCCCUGAAACCUAUCCUGGACAGCGAAUGCGAUCUCAGCGACGAAUUGCUCAAAAUAAAGGAAUCGACGCUGGAUUUGGUCAACCGAUGCGGCAAAGAUCAAACCGUAUGCCGCGCCUGUCCUCCCAACCCCGUCAAUACUUUUUGUUCGGACGAACGCGAACUUAGAAAUAGAACCCAUCAAACAGACCCGAAUGCCAAAAUCAAAUACCUGACUUACCACCCUUCCUCUUCCUCGUUCAUUAACGAUUACGGCAAGAGGUCUACCGUUUGCGUCGACAUGACGAUACCUAAUAACAGUCGCCAUCCCCCGAUCGAUAAAAUCAAUAUGAACGGACACUCCCGCGAGGUCGGCGGCCACAAUAGCGUGAGCAGUUACAAGAGCCUGAUCUCGGAGAAAUCGUCCUGUGAGAAUAAGCCCCCUCCUUGCGUCAAUAUGGGCGGAGGCGACACCUCGUCCUAUUCCUUGUCCCUGAAAAGUUUCAAUUCUUCCUUAAAAUCCAUGUCUCUCUCCCAGUCCUCCGCGUGCAAUAAUACUCCCAAUUUUAACAACCUCAUUCAUGAUAACGUUUCUCAGAGUCAUCGUCGAAAUUACGCAUACCGGGACACGGAUACGAUGGAAAAAAAUGGCGACCAAAAUAUCGUGAACCAUGGCGCGAUGAACUGUCGGGAUUCUCGAGAAAACCAUGACCUUCCGCCCACUCAAAAUAAUCAUCACAUGGUUCAAUAUCAACCCAAAGACGUUGGAUUUGAUCAAAAAACAAUUUUUAAAGAGGAAAAUAUGCUGUCUAUAGGGCCUGAUGCCUGUAAUAACACGAUAAAUGGACCCUUUAUUGAAUGCCGACUUUCCUCGAUAUCCUCCAGGGAUUCCGGAUUCACGUCCCACGAUCAAACCCAUAAUACCAACCAAAACGUCAAUCCAAACAAUUCGAAUAAGGACCAUCGUUCCGGCUCCUUGAAUAAUCAUGAUAUCUCUAUCGAAACAAACCUCGAUUCCGGGAAGGUAAGCUUUAAACCUGUUCUGUCACCUUCUAAAAUCGCGAAUAUAAAUAACGGCGAAGUUCUACGCUGCGAUAAUGGUUGUCGAGAAAAUGACCUUGGUGACGAUGAUAUGACUAGAGGAAGCACGGAUAUGAUCUAUAAGAAUGACGAUUUCCCGCCUCCCCCACCCUUUGAUCUUACCACUCCCACUUCUUUGUUGGUAAGCGGAUUGUUGAAUUCUCACGAUAACAUGAAUCAUCUCGCAAAUAAACUCGGCAAUAACGCGAACGGUUGUGCCUUCCACGGUCACUACCAGGAUUUAAUUGCGGAAGGUAUCGAUGCUAACAUCGGGCGACAUUACAGAUUCGAUGCGGAUAACUUCAACCCCAUCGGCUACAUGAUGGUGACAAAUGGUCACGUUGUAGAUACUACGAAUCUCGUCGAUGGCCUAAGUCAUCCGAGAGCCGUAUACCAAGACAAAGGAAUGUUUCUAAAAUCACCACCAUCAGAUGCGCACAUUAAUAACAGAUUUAGCUGGUGCGAAAACGGAAAUGUUCAUAACCACGAAUCACGUCUAAAUAGCACCAUCAUGAACUACCACGAUAAUAGCAAUAAUCGCCAACGUACUGUCGAUCCCAAUUCUAGUCCCCUACCUGCGGCGAAUUUCGAUCGCGACGUUAGCGAAUGCAAGCGCUCCCAGAAUACAAAGGAAAUGGUUGGCAAACAGGUUACCAAGGUCCAAAGGAGGAAUAGCACCAAUUUAGGUCUCUACAAACUCGCUUCCGCCUCAACCAAUCAAAGACGGUUUACCGCUACUAAUAACGAGGAACAGCUGUCAUCUGCCCAACACUCCAUGAUCAAUCCUUCUAAUAUACCUAAUUUUAAUAGGGUGCCUCAAAAUCAAAUCCUAGUGGAUCAUUUGUCCAACGAAAUCAUCGAUGCCCGAUAUCAGAAUACUGAUAAUUUCAGAUACCUCAUGUCCAAUGUAUCGCCCGUCAAAAAUAGUUAUCAACCGCAUCGCAACAUUAUCUACCCGCGCGAUAAAUUCGAUAACCACAGCGGAAGCCUCCGUUUAAGUUACGCGUCUCAGAAUCCGAACUUGAACUCGUCGCAAACUAAACCGCAUAUCCAACAUUACCUAACUAACGGCGAUAAUAUUGAUAUCAACAAAAAUAUAAUUUCCUGCCAGGAUAGCUCGACCCACGUUGUUAAUGGUAAAAUAUUCGGUAACCGACUGCAAAAUUCGAUGACUUAUAGACCAACCCCCCUCGUUAAUUGCAAUAAAUUUGCCGAUAUCCGUGACAAUCGCGUCAACGUUAGGAACUACGCCCACUUUUCGCCUCCCGCUCUCACUAACGGCUCCCGCAAUCGGCAACAAUUUAGCCCUUCAAAAAAUAUCGAUAAAAAUCACCGAUUUUUUAAGUUCGAUAAACUCGUUUCCCAUCACGACCCCAAACACUUAUCCCCUUAGUGAAAGAGGCCUGGAAUAAUGAAUCUCGAAUCUACUACAAUUUAUUUAUUUAUUUUUAAAAAAAAAUGUAUAUAGUAUACAAUAUGUAUAUCUAUCUAAAACGUUUAUAUAUCUACCUAACCAAAUAUAGACCAUAGAAAAAUUGAACACUUUUAUCAUUUUCUAAAUAUAAUAUGUCGCGCAUUUACAACUUUUAAAACAGAAUUCCUAUUAAAUCUUUAUAAUUAGAUAAAUUUUUUUUUAUAAGUUAUUUUUUUCUUCCUCUUUCCUUAAAUAUAAAUAUUCGAUAGAGUAAACUAAUUGCAUUUGUUUUUUACCGGAAGCAUUAACUUU